ACAGGAUCUUUGCGACAUACAAUGUGAUGCUGGAAGUGGCAGGGGCAGUAAUCUUUAUUUCGUCAUUUCUGAAACAUAGGAGAGGUAACGGAAGCAAGUGAAAUGCUCAAUCUUAGACGAUUGCGUCGUAUGACCGGACUUUUUCUUGAAAGGGGAUGACAGCAUGGGAGGAAUUAGCUCCACAUCUAAACCCUACACUGAAAAACAAGGCACUUUCUCCACAGCAGCCCCAACAACUAGCCCUGCACCGUGUCUCUCUAACCACCACAACAAAAACCAUUUAAUCCUUGCCUUUUGUGCUGGGGUUCUACUGACGCUGCUGCUGAUAGCCUUUAUCUUCCUCAUCAUAAAGAGCUACAGAAAAUGUCACUCCAAGCCCCAGGUCCCGGAUCCUCACUCAGAUCCUCCCGCCAAGCUUUCAUCCAUCCCAGGAGAAUCACUUACCUAUGCCAGCAUGACUUUCAAACUCUCAGAAGAUAAGAGCAAUCACUUGGCUGAGAACCAUUCUGCAGACUUUGACCCCAUUGUCUAUGCUCAAAUUAAAGUGACAAACUAACCUGGCUUUUCCAACGAGGCUUGAAUCCAUUUCCUCUCAUCUCGGCCCCAUCUUCACACAUCACUUUCCCUUUUUUACAAAUUUUGGAUCACCACCUGUGUGAAACUGCAGUCAGAGUUGUUUAGGUGUGAUCUGGCAAUGCUAUCCGGCAGCUUUGGAGACCAAUGGUCAGUCUUUUCCUGGCCAGAGCAAAGAUUGAAGGCCCUCCCACUUGAACUGACAGCCUGUGAGCCCCUUGGGGGCAUAGACUGCCUUCCUUGGACCCUUCCAAAGUGUGUGGUAUGGAGGUCAGUGCACAGAAUAUUCACCCAGCAUCAUGAAUCAACUUGGCAGGAGUCAACCAAAUGAACAGUCUACCAAGAAUUUCAAAUAAAGUCAAACCCCCCACAGU